CGCAGCCGGCGCGGCUACAGCUCCGGGCGGUUGAGAGUCACAGCCGGCGGGACGCGCGAAGCAGGAUGGGCUGCAGGCAAAGUCGGCACAGCCGCGGCAAACGCGCAGAGAAGGUGGAAGAGACACAGACAGAACUCCUGGAGACACUGGACAAAGAAGGAAGGAUCCUGGAAGAAAGGCAUGAGGAGGCUGGGCAAGUCCUGCAGACAUCGAAUGCACAGGAGAAAGUCUCUCUUAGUGACUGCGUCCAAGAGGCCAAAACCUCAUUGCAGAACACCUGUGCAAGUCAUGUCUCACCACAGGAGGCCAUGCAAGCCAAGAUGAACAAGGUGGAUGGGUCCAUCCUUAGCCGACUCUAUAGAAACCACAUCCAGGAUUAUGGGAGCCCUGGCCCAUUCUGGGAGCAAGAGCUGGAGAGUUUGCACCAUGUUAUUGAGAUGAAAAAUGAACGAAUUCAUGAGCUCGAGAAGCAGCUGAUCCUCCUGGAGAUGCUGAAAGAAAAAAAUCUGAUCUUAGCACUGAAAAAUACCACCCUGCGGCAGGAGGUUGAGGACCUACAAUUCCAAGCUGGGAACAGGUUGGCCAUGUCAAGGCAGCUCCGGAAAGACCUACUUCAGGACCUUGAAAAGGAGUCACAGAACGGCCACUGCUGCAGCAGACGGAGGAGCCACUGAACCAUCUGAGUCCUUGAGGCCAGCACCUCCUCCAUCUUACCUUGCCUUCUGCUACACCUCAAAGGCCUCUGCCCUCUGUGUUAAGGUACAGGCCCACCGUGGUUACCAGACUCACCACCCCCUCCAAAGACUCUGUGGAGAAGAGAGCAAGAGCCACUCCAUUCUUCUCCCAGGAUGUAGGGAAGGAGGGACACUUCUACAAAGCUGAUGCGGAAGUUUGGACCACCGAGAACACCCCAAGAAGUGCCUUUCCUUAGUCGGCAGCAGGGAACAAGCAGGUAGUUCUCUCCUUCCCUUUGCUGUUCUCGUGAGGGCAUUCACGACUUCUCCCGUGGCAGCUGGAGCCAUUUGCACCUCCUGACAAAGAGGCGACAACCCCAAUCCCAGAUCAUCAGUUUUGCUGACAAUUUACCAACCUCUCAAGUUCUUAGUGCCACGCCCAUAACUGACUCAGAGGAAAACUGUAAGAGACACAAUCCAAAAAACAGGAACACAGCGUUGUUUUUACUGAGUAGGGCACCCUAACCUUGAACUCAAAGUCACUCCACCUCAGCCUCCCAAGUGCUGGGAACAUGGGCAUGUGCCACCACAUCCAGCCGGAUAAAGGGUUGAAUUUGCUGUAGAGCUAAAGCACUGUUAGUAUUUUUAAGCAUAUUGAUCUAAGGUCUUAAUGUGAAAAUUAAAUUUUUUGUAUUAAAAUAAAACUCUAUUUUCAUGUUUUUA